UUAUUAUAUCUGAAUGGAUAACAUUGUGCAACUUUUUAUUUCCAAGUGUCUGAUAACCAAAACCGCUGGCUUUGCAGUCAUUGAAGAAUUUGAAUUAGCUUUGAAAUACGCAUUCGCUUGUUAUCGCAUAGCUCCACCGGUAUUGCCAUUCACUCGGGAGUUUCAAUUGUGUUCGGACGUGCCCACCGGUGGGAGUAUUGGUUUUAUAGCCUUUCAAGUUUUCCAUUAAUUUUCUGCAAGUUUACAAUAUCAACAACAUGGCCGGUGCCAAUCCUUUUGCGCAAUUUCAGAAGUCAUUUUCAUUAAAUGGAACAACAUACAAAUACUUUGACCUGUCUUCGAUUGAUCCAAACUACAGCCACCUACCAUACUCCAUUCGUGUGCUCUUGGAGUCGGCAGUGCGAAACUGCGAUAAUUUCUAUGUACUCGAAAAGGAUGUUCAAAACAUUUUGGCUUGGUCUCCAAAUUUGAAGCAAGGUCAAAAUGAUGUUGAAGUAUCCUUCAAACCGGCGCGUGUUAUUUUACAGGAUUUCACUGGUGUACCCGCUGUAGUUGACUUUGCUGCAAUGCGUGAUGCUGUUUUAAAGCUUGGCGGUGAUCCCGAGAAGAUCAAUCCUAUUUGUCCCGCUGACUUGGUUAUCGAUCAUUCGGUUCAAGUGGAUUUCACUCGAAGCCCGGAUGCAGUGACAAAGAACGAAAAUUUGGAGUUUGAACGCAACAAAGAACGUUUCACUUUUCUCAAGUGGGGUGCCCGUGCUUUCAAUAAUAUGCUAAUUGUGCCACCUGGUUCAGGUAUAGUACAUCAGGUGAAUUUGGAAUAUCUGGGGCGUGUUGUAUUCGAGGAGGGUAGUGGCAACACAAAAUUACUGUAUCCCGACAGUGUUGUCGGUACGGAUUCGCACACACCCAUGAUAAACGGUUUAGGUGUACUGGGCUGGGGAGUUGGUGGUAUUGAAGCGGAGGCUGUUAUGUUGGGUCAAUCGAUAUCCAUGCUGCUGCCAGAGGUUGUGGGCUAUAAGCUUGUAGGUAAAUUGGGACCACUUGUGACAUCAACUGACUUAGUAUUGACUAUUACGAAAAAUCUAAGACAACUGGGUGUUGUGGGAAAGUUCGUUGAAUUUUAUGGACCUGGUGUAGCAGAAUUGAGUAUUGCUGAUCGUGCUACCAUUGGUAAUAUGUCACCUGAAAAUGGAGCAACGGUCAGUUUCUUCCCCAUUGACGAAAAUACACUUGCUUAUUUGAGGCAAACAAAUCGAUCAGAGGAAAAAAUAGAAGUUAUUCGCCAAUACUUAAAAGAAACCGGUCAAUUGCGUGACUAUAACAAUGUCUCACAGGACCCGAAAUACUCACAGACGCUUGAGCUUGAUUUGUCGACUGUAGUUACUUCUGUUUCGGGUCCAAAACGACCACACGAUCGCGUUGCAGUUGCAGAUAUGAAAGGUGACUUCCAGUCAUGUUUGGUCAAUCCUGUUGGCUUUAAAGGCUUUGCAAUUCCGCCAGAAACAUUAUCAGCAGCCGGCCAAUUUCAAUGGGAUGAUGGCAAGAGUUACACCAUUCGUCAUGGAUCUGUCGUAAUCGCUGCAAUUACAUCCUGUACAAAUACUUCCAAUCCAUCGGUUAUGUUAGGCGCUGGUCUGCUUGCCAGAAAAGCAGUGGAGAAAGGUCUUUCUGUGAUGCCUUAUAUCAAAACAUCAUUGUCACCGGGAUCAGGCGUUGUAACUUAUUACCUGCAAGAAUCUGGCGUUAUUCCUUACUUGGAAAAAUUAGGUUUUGAUAUUGUUGGGUAUGGCUGUAUGACAUGUAUCGGUAACUCUGGCCCAUUGGACGAUAACGUGGUAAAUACAAUCGAAAAGAAUGGCUUAGUUUGUUGUGGUGUCUUGUCAGGAAAUCGUAAUUUCGAAGGUCGCAUACAUCCAAAUACGCGCGCCAACUAUUUAGCCAGUCCAUUGUUGGUUAUUGCUUAUGCGAUAGCUGGUCGUGUGGAUAUAGAUUUUGAGACCGAACCUUUAGGUGUAGGGCCAAAUGGCGAGAAGGUAUUCCUGCGUGACAUAUGGCCCACCCGUAGUGAAAUACAGGAUGUGGAAAGCAAACACGUCAUUCCAGCUAUGUUCAAAGAAGUCUAUGGCAAAAUCACAUUAGGCUCUGAAGACUGGCAAAAAAUUAAUGUGGCAGAAAGCAAAUUGUAUCCUUGGAAUAGCGAUUCUACCUAUAUUAAGCAUCCACCAUUCUUUGAUGGCAUGACACGUGAAUUGUCACCACUAAAGAGCAUACAAAAUGCACGCUGUCUAUUGUUUUUGGGCGAUUCCGUUACUACCGAUCACAUAUCACCGGCUGGUUCAAUUGCUAGGAACUCACCCGCUGCACGUUAUCUUUCGGAACGUGGCUUAACACCACGUGAUUUCAAUUCAUAUGGUUCACGACGUGGUAAUGAUGCUGUAAUGGCUCGUGGUACUUUCGCUAAUAUCCGUUUGGUUAACAAAUUGGUAAGCAAGACGGGUCCACGUACCAUACAUGUGCCAAGUAAUGAAGAAAUGGAUGUAUUCGAUUGCGCUGACCGUUAUCGUGAAGAUGGCACACCCUUGGUGCUUAUAGCAGGCAAAGAUUAUGGUAGCGGUUCCAGCCGUGAUUGGGCCGCUAAAGGACCAUUGUUAUUGGGGAUCAAAGCAGUUAUUGCCGAGUCAUACGAGCGUAUUCACCGCUCCAAUUUAGUUGGUAUGGGUAUUAUACCUCUACAAUUCUUGCCCGGCCAAAACGCUGAAACUUUCAAUCUAAAUGGUCGAGAGGUAUUCAAUAUUACAAUACCAGAAAUCGAACUGAAACCAGGACAGAAGAUACAAGUCGAGGCGAAUGGCACUGUUUUCGAUACAAUUGUGCGUUUCGACACAGAAGUUGAUAUAACGUACUAUAAGAAUGGUGGCAUUCUUAACUACAUGAUUCGAAAGAUGUUCGCUUAAAGGUAUAAAAGCGACAGUAUGGAAUUUUUAUAUACAUACAUAAGAACUAAUUAGCAAUCAGGCAAAUUGUUUCUUUUUUUUUUCAAAGUUUUCACUUUCCAGUUAUGCAUACUAUGCAAAAAAAUAUUUUAAUUAGCAACAUGGUUGGCAAGGGUAAAUAUGCAAUGUAAAGGAAAUAAAUGUAUACAUACUUAAAAUAUAUUUAAUAUCUUAAAAG